AUGAUUUUUAUAUGGAAAAUAAUUAUAUUGUUUAUUCUGCAAGUAAUAACAUAUCGCGAAGUAUUUGUUUGUAGUUUCGCCUUUAAUGAUAAAAAGCAUUUUACAUACUUAAAAUAUGGAAAUCAAAUAAUAAAUAGAGAUAUAACUUUUAAGGAUCACAAAAAAAAAUAUUAUAAUGUUUCCUUUUUAUUGAGAACAACUUCUGGAAUUCAAGAAGAAAAUAAAUUAGAUGAAAAUUUUUGCGAAAUUGAAAACUUUGAUGAAAAGAGAAGUUCUUUAUGUGAUGAAAUGGACUUGUUUCAAAAUGAUGGAAUACAAUUAAAGCAGUGGUAUUCACCAGAAAAAGUAAAAGAAAAAUGGAAAGAAAAACAUAUUGAAAAUAUUAAAAGUAAUUAUAAAAAGGUAUUAUUAAACAAUAAAUAUAAUGAAUUAUUUAACAUGUAUAGAAAUGUAAAUAAUAAUAAUGUAGAAAAUUUUAAAAAAAGAGUAAAAACUAAUAGAAUAAACCCUGUAAUUUAUGUUAAAAAAAGGUUAGUUUCUGCUACAGCUAAAUAUAUAAAAAUGUCAUUUAUUAAAACAAGAAAAAUUUUAUGGAAAAUAAGAUAUAUGCCAAUAAUUAAAGCAUUUGCAUUUCUUUAUUAUUAUGGAACUAAUAAAUAUACAGUUAAUAUUUACAAGUGUAUAAAAUCUUGUUUACAUAAUGCUAUUAAUAAAUAUGGAAAAAAUAAUAUAAAACCAGUUUUUCAUACUCUUCAAGCUAAUAUGGGUGGAUAUACAAAAAAAAUUAACAUAAGAGCAAAAGGUAAAACAGAUAUUAUACGUGAACCUCAUACACAUAUACGUGUUGUUUUAGAAGUUUGA